AUGGCACGCACAGCAGAAGCUAGGAACGACAGGCAUGUUUAUCGUCUUUCGUUGAAAAAGACUAAAGACAGAGAAGAGAAGAUGGGUCAAGCAGACGAGAAUGGCAGCCAAGGGAUGGAGGCAGAGCUACUCGCUGGGACAAAUGUUGAGGCGGUGGAGCAAAGCGACGUUCGUCCAAUGAACCCACAGCCGCCGGUUUACAAAACCCUCCACAAAACUUUGGAACAGUUCGGCGAAGAAUGUUAUGAACAAAAUGAAACCGAAGUUUUGAGCGAUGAUGGGGAGCUCGACUGGUAUGAAGAAAGCGUCAAAAAGUUCAAAAACGACCAGACAGAUGACGUCGAAGAAGAAGAAAUUUAUCUCUCUCACCAACAGAAAGAAAAGUUUAAAAAAAGAAAACGACGUGAUCGAGAUUUUUAUAAACCCCUCAUCAAGAAUGAAAAGGAGCUAGAUAGAAUGAUCAAAAAGGAGCCUAGAAAAUACAAACGAUGUAUUCUAAAGAUUGAAUCCUCGCACAAGUCCAUAGCCAAGGUUCUGGAAAAAGGAAAUGACGCCAUUUGCGAAAUCUUGAUCAACGGACGAUCGAAAUGUGGACAAUCCUACAUGGACGACGAAGUUGUGGUGGAAAUCGUGAACCCUCGGCGUGCUGGCGACGCCCCGUCUGAACCAGUUUCUCGUGGAGGAGUAAGAAGAGAUGCAGAUAACCUUGCAUAUGGGGAUGUCGUGGGUAUGUACCCGUCUAAACGAAAACGCUUCAAAGACGUGGACCAUCCCGUGCUGUUCUGUACUUUGGAUGAGAUGGAAGACCAUCUCAUGAAGCCUCUGUGCAAAACCGUACCAAAAGUGCAUGUCCUGCACAACACGAUCAAAAAUACAGAUCGUGGGAAGGUAAAGAACAGAGUGGAGAUCAAGCGCAUUGUUAACGGUUAUGUGCAGAGUGAACGUGUCAUGAAGAUCGAUCCAGAAAAGCGAGACCUGUAUAUCUUUAGAGUUGCUGUGCUGACAUGGAGUCACCAGAACAUAUACCCUCUGGGUGCCGUCUUAGAAGUUGGCAUCGGAGGUACAGAUUUUUCAGGACUCGAAGUACUGUGCCUGCAACAACAAGUUCGCAAGCUCUAUCCGAGAAAUGUCGUACAAGAAGUCGACAAUCUACUGGCGGAGACAUCUAUGUUAGGACGACAUGAUAUUACAAAUGAAAAAGUCUUUACCAUCGAUCCUCCGGGGUCUAAAGAUCUGGACGACGCUCUCAGCAUCAAGAAGGAAGGGCAGGACUUUGUAGUCGGCGUCACAUUGCUGACGUGGCAUCUGUCGUUAAAAAAGGUUCUGAAGUCGACGAGGAAGCCAAGAAAAGAGCAGUCACUUUCUAUCCGUCGUAUCGCAGACCAUAUUCUAUGUUGCCAGAACCACUCAGUCACGGGAAGUGCAGUCUUCUUGCAAACCAAAUUCGUCCAACCGUGUCUGUGUUCUUUCAUUUUGACAAAAGCGGAAUCCUGCGAAAGGACAAAGAUCCACGAAACCCUCGUAUCGGAGACUUGCAUGACACUGAAGGCGACGUCGAAGCUCCAUGCCCUGGUGGAAGAACUCAUGAUCCUAACCAACAUACACAUUGCAAAGUGUCUGAAGGCCAAUCCUCUCUAUGCCAACGUUUUGAUUCUACGCUCGCACAAAUCGCCGACACAACAACAGCUGGCAGAGUGGCGCCACAAGGAGGGAAACGUAGCCAACCUCGUCUUGAAGCUGCAGGGCAAGAAGACGAGUCCAGGCCACAAGCUGUCACUGGAGGCUGGUUGGGACGAGCGACAGCACGUGGUGGUGCAAGAAAAUAUCUGGACGAAGCUUGCUCUCUGCUUUGAGACAGGGAAUUGGGCAGAAGCCAGAAAGCUGGCGUGUACAGAUGCCCUUCAUCCACUGCAGUGUCUCGCCAACGAGCAUUGGAUCGAGAUGAUGGAGACUGCCGAGUACAAGUGCGCGUACGGCUUGAAUGAACCGGAUGUCUCGCACUUCGAUCUGGAAGUCACGUGCUACACGCAUUUCACGUCCCCAUCAGGCGGUACGCCGACCUGCACGUUCAUCGACUACUGCACGCCUAUCUCGACGGCCAACCACCCGACUCUCUCAUCAACUCAGCGUACUUGUUCUUCAGAAAGACUGGAUCGCACGUUGAGAAAGAUUUCCAGACAUGUUGCAAGACACGAUUUUCCGACUCUUCCAAGAACAGGAGUAAAGUACAUCACCUCUGAACUUGGCAAGGCAUUUUCAGAUACAAGAUCCGAAACUAGAGAUGGUGACAAUAAUGAAAUCCGCUCUUGCCUCUUUCAAGCGCAGUUUUCUCCUGGGCAAGUUCUUCAAGUACAAAUGUCUGCCAAGCCUAGCAGGGGUCUACUGAGUCCUCAGCUGGACCUUGUUCAGUUGACUCGCAACGUGACGAUCUGCACACGACACCUAAAGGACUCUGUCACCUGUCUGUCUCGGCCAGCCACGCAGGUGGUGCGUGACAAGGGUUUCACGAACCACAAAGACUAUUUGGACGCCUGGAUGCCCUUACUAGAAAUGGAAGCGGCGGCUGAGGCUGGGGACUCUGGUCUUGGGACGAUGGUCGAAAAUGUGAGAGUGACGAUAAAGAGAGAAGCGAGCUCGAGUGGUUCAGGUCCUGCCGUUUUCAGAGGAACAUUUCGAUUACCGACUACGUUCUGCUUCAACCGUUCCAUCGAGUUUGGUGGGGCGGAACCUGAAAGUCUCAAAGACGAUGAAGAGUUGACGGGCACACCUUCCUGUCCUCUGGACUACCUGUGCAUUCGUUAUCAGGUGAACUGCGGUUCCAUAAUUAAGUCCAAAGCGCAAGCGUCUUCAUUCGCACCUGUCAUCGACACGCACUUUACCUGGGUCGGACACGCUGGAGUUGUCAGCGUAAAGAAGGUGACUGCAGGCAGAGGCGGACAUGAAAGAAUAAAAUCAGGCAGCAAAAAGAAUAAAGCUAAAGACAAAAAACAACAGGAAGAAGUCUUUGUAGAAGUUAGCUUCUUGCUUACUCACAACAGCCCCCAACCGCCGCCACAGCUGAUGGUAUCCGAGGGUGCAUGUAUUUUUGGAAAUUAUGCCGAAAACGGAAGUAACCAGACGUGCUCAGGAGAUGCUGUGCGAGAUCAAGAAGGAAGGAUGCGAACUCGCCCAGGCGCUCGCUUAUGGCACCAAACAAGUCCCUCCACUCUAGACGAGCGUCACCUGAAUCUCGGAAGGAGAAGCAGCUGUGAAGUGAAUGUCAGAGGACUUGGUGGCAAGCCACUGCCGGGAAACAACGAUCGUCAAGCUAAAGCGAUUCAGACGGCAUUGACAAAUACUUUGUCUACCAUACAAGGACCCCCAGGAACAGGAAAGAGCUACACAGGUGUGAAACUGGUGUACUUGUUCAACAAAAUCAACCAGCAGCUUGCCAGAGAAGGAAAGGGAAAAAAGAAAACGAUUCUGUUUUGUGGACCAUCAAACAAAUCCGUGGACCAUGUUGCAAGGAUUCUGAAAGAACGCCUCGGUGCAAGCUGUCCAAAGCUGGUCAGAAUGUAUGGAUCUGCCAUAGAAACAAAGGAUUAUCCCAUUCCUCAAACUCACGUGCAGACAAGACGUGGUACCAAAGAUCUCAAGAGUGAUCCAAGUCUUCAGGAAAUUAGCUUGCAUCACAUCAUUCGAAGAAACGGCAAUAAGCACGCUGAGGAAAUAAACCAGCUCGACAACUUCUUUGCUCGUUGCCUGGAAGAACCUAAUAAGUACAAGGCUACCAGAGAGGACUUGGAACGCCACCGUGAACUGGUCAACAAGGCUUCUAUAGAAGAACUCGGCAACUACGAGGUCAUCCUCACAACCUGUGCAAUGGGUGGCAACAAAAAGUUGGUCAAAGGAGCUAAAGAACAAAUAUUUCAAGUGAUCAUUGACGAGUGCGCCAUGUCACCGGAGCCACACAGUCUGGUGCCCAUUGUGGCCAACAAGGCCAAGCAGGUGGUCCUCAUCGGAGACCACAAGCAGCUCCGUCCAAUCAUUCGCUGCAAACAGGCGGAAGAGCUGGGCCUGGAUCAGUCCCUGUUUGAACGUCUUUACGAAAAGUACCCCAAGCAGCGAGUGUUCCUUGAUAAGCAGUACCGAAUGCAUCCCAAAAUUUGCGAGUUCCCAUCCCGUGCAUUCUACGAUGGAAAACUGAUCACAGAAAGUUCGUUUCUGUGGGAAGGUGAGCCGCUUCCAUUCUGGACGCCUGACCGUCAGACGCAAAAAAAGAUUCCUCACUUGUUAGUGGACAUCAAAGGAAACGAAGAAUGCUUAACGGUGUCCACUGAAGAAGGCAACGAGAAAUCGAAGUCCAAUGUACAAGAAGUGGAAAAAGUGGCUGAGAUCUUUGUGUACCUCAAGAAGGAGUUCAAGCUAGAUGUGGCCAACAUAAAAAUCUUGUCUCAGUACAAUGCUCAGCGCAACCUCAUCGAGCAGAGACUCCUCCAGCUUUGUGAGGACCGCGAGGUGUUCGACCGUUACGACCAGCACAAGGUCAACGUCAGUACAGUUGUGUCGAGCCAAGGAGGAGAGUGGGACUACGUGAUCGUGAGCACAGUUCGCUCGCUGCCAUCCUACAAGAUAGAGCCACACGCCACACUGGGAUGGUGUCACCAAAACAUGGGUUUCAUCACCGACCAGAACCAAGUCAACGUGGCCCUCACGCGGGCCCGCCGAGGGCUCAUUAUUGUGGGUGACAAAGAACUUCUUGAAUGCGAUCCGUUGUGGAAAGACCUGAUACAAAGCUACGAACACGAACAUUGCAUAAAGAAAGCCGGUGAAUUUCCACCUCCGCCAAGUAGAAGGCGUCGUCGUCGUAAUUAAUCCAGCUUCAUGAGACUAAAGUUCUCAAGCACCGACUGUAGUCCUGCGCAUCAAGAUGAACUGAAUCGCGAUUUGAACUCAUCCUCUGGUGUGCUGCCAGUGACGACAGCCAGUUUUAUCAGAAGUCGUGGUAUAUGUCAGCUAUUGACAUAGCAACCGUGAUACAAUGUGAGAGACAAUGACAAAUCUUUAUUAACGAGGGCAAUAGAAUAAACUAAGGUGGUGCUUUUUUCCGUCGCCCUCAGCGCCAUGCAAACAAAGAAACGAAAUUCUCAACCCUAAGAGGAAAAAAAACAGCCCAAUAAAACAAGAAGAAAAUCAGAUAUAUUGUACAAAAAUGGGGAAUUACAAAAUUCCAGUAGCGAGUUAUGGAGGCCUACAUUGUAUGGGAAGCCCCAGAAGCAGAGAGAGAGUGGUUCAGUGGCGCCAGGUGUAAGGGGUUGUCAUCAAACUUUUGCGUUCAAAUUUUAAAUGUAUAUUGUACUUUUUCUGCACUUGAUAAACUUGCCUAUUUAAACGAGCAGGUGAUGUAGUCUUUGUUACUAUUGCUACUGUAAAUCCACAACUUUCCCCCCCUCCACCAUCCCCAAAUUAAAAGACAUUAGAAGAGUAGAGAGUUUUAUGUUGAGGGAUCUGGCCCUCAAACCGACGUUUAAAAAGUUGUUAAUAUUUUACUGCUGUUUGAAACAUUUUUCUUUAUAGUAUUAACUUUUUAACUGGCAUAUUAAAACGUGCAAUACUAAGCACAUGUGCAGGCAGCUUAAUAACAGCACUUGAAAAUGUAAAAAAUGUAUAUUCCUUAGCAAUUUUUUAAGCGAAACACUACUGUUAUAAUAUUUAAAACAAUUUUGAAAUUAAAAAAAAAAAACGGUUAUUUAAAAAGAAUGAAACUGAAGAAAUCUCGAUUCUGUUUUAUGAAUUUUUUUUUAACACUAAUUCAGUUCAGUGCUGAUACAGAUUUAUGUUUCCAUUUCGAUUACUGCAGGUUUAUCUGCUAUUUGUAUUAAAACCAUUGCCUUGAAGUAUGAAUAUUUCCAUAAUGAAAAGCUCCAGAUGACUCAGAUCGGUUGUGUUAAGGGAGACAGGGAAAGGGGAGAGUUCCCGCUCUCCACUGCCUCCAUCAAUCCCUUCCUUCAACACAACCAACGAACUCAGGCAGGUCUGUGAAAUCUUCAGCUCGAUGGCUUCAGUAAAAGAGUUAAGCGAACAGACUCCACACUUAGUGUUGGACAACUUCAGCAGUUUAAAGACAAUGCUGAGUUAAUAUUCUACUGUUUUUGUAAUCGUUUACGGCAGAUAGGUUGGAAACUAGAAGCAGAAUCCACGAAGGUAGAACAGAGAAGGUCCCUAUUUGCCAGAGUAGAAAUAUAAGCAGCAUCUGUAUACUGCGGAACGGAUGUUGGGUUCGGACAAAGGUCUGGCUUCAUCCUGUGAAUGCCUCGUCUAGUAAAAGUUCAGCGAAAGUGUAUCUAUUAUGCAUAAUAAUUAUUUACAACGGAUAUCACGCAAACAGGAUUGUUUCCUUUUGCUGAGAUCUGUGUAUACACUGUAGCCAUUCCUUACUGAAGUUUUAUUUUUAAGACUGCAUAUUUGUAAAACCUUUGUUGUGUAAAUAACAAUAUCGACAAAGAUUUAUAUUUUUUUUAAGUUUUAAUGGCACCUUAGUGCAAAGAGGAUCUGCUUGAUUAUAUAGAAGGACACCAAUAUGUAUGGGUGAGUAAGAAGUGUGAGUGACCUGCGUGUGAGAUGCUGGGAGACAGAACUGUACAAAUGCUUUGUUAUGACAGCUAUGCCAAAGAAAUUGAGGAAAAUGUGUUCUUUUCCAAAUCUGAUUUGUUUCUUACUGUGAUAUAGUGUUUGUUUUCAGUUUUCAAACUUUUUCCAAACGAGUACCAUUUUUGAAAAUUCGAGUUGACCGAGUACCACCUCCCAACCCUAAAGCCGUUUUGCCGCAAGGUGUUACGAUCCCGCUGGAACUCAACCCACUCUUUCCCCACCCCAGGGAGUUACUUAGGUGCUAUAGGUUUUAGUAGAGUAGGUAGGUAGGUUAGAAUAGAUGCAGUACAGUAGUUGUAUGUGUAAAUUAUGUAAAUAAAUAUAUGUCUUUGAACUUA